UGAGAAGAAAACGGCGCCUUUCAAAAUUAAAACCACAAAAAUCAAACAAACAACCAAAUUCAUGAAUUUGAAAUAAGAAUUUAUUAUUGAUUGUACAUACCUCAAGUCAGCAUUUAGCAUUUAACAUAACAGAAAAACAUUCCAAUAAAACAUUCAUAUUAAAAAAUCAUGCCGCGUGUAGCAAAACCCAAAGCUGCCGCUGGAGCAGCUGCAGUUGUUCCGCCGAAAAGAAAACCGGCGGCUAAGAAAAAGAAUGACCAUGUCAUGGGAGAGCCAAUUCCAGAAGGUGAAAUCAUCACCGAUUUGUCCAAGACGGCAUGGAAAAUAGGCCCGUCCAUAGGAGUCGGAGGCUUUGGGCAGAUCUAUUCCGCUUGUAAAGCCUCAAAUCCUCCAAAGAAAACAACAGACUAUGAGUAUGUUGUGAAGAUUGAACCCCAUGCCAAUGGCACUCUAUUCGUUGAAAUGCAUUUUUAUAUGCGAAAUGCUCGACUUGAGGACAUAACCCAGUUCAAGAAGGCCAAUGGCCUUAAGUCAUUCGGAAUGCCGUACUUGGUUGGCAGUGGUUCACACGACAUCAACAAUAUCAAACACCGCUUUGUUGUGAUGCCACGAUAUGGCAGUGACAUUUGGAAAUUCUUCCUCGAGAAUGGAAGAAAGAUCCCAGAGCACACAAUCUAUCGACUGGCAUUGCAGAUGCUGGAUGUCUAUGAGUAUAUCCACGGCAGGACGUAUGUCCAUGCUGACUUGAAGGGGGGCAACAUUCUGCUGGGCUAUGGCAAAGGGGGUGCUUCUCAGGCGUAUUUAGUUGACUUCGGUUUGGCCAGUCAUUACACACAAAAGGAUUUCAAGCCAGAUCCGAAGAAAAUGCACAACGGAACAAUUGAAUACACUUCGAGAGAUGCUCACAUGGGUGUGCCGACAAUGCGAGGGGAUAUCGAGAUUCUCGGAUACAAUUUAAUAGACUGGUCGGGUGUUAUGUUGCCUUGGGAGAAGGAGAACUUGUUGAAGGUUCCCCUGAAAGUACAGAAAUCCAAAGAAGCUUUCAUGGAUGAUGUUAGUGGAUCUAUGAAGAAAUUAUAUCCCAAAGGAGUGCCAACUCCAAUCCUGGAGUUUAUGAAAUAUGUUGCAACAAUGGAAUACAACGAGAAGCCCGAAUAUGAAAAAUGUCGAAAAAUGUUCCAAUCAGGUUUGAAAGCCCUCAAAGUUCAAAAUUCUGGUGAUUUGGACUUUAAACUAAAGUCAACUCCAAAUUUCAAAGCGAAACUAAAGCAACCCGAGGCACCAAUCUCAGAUCAAAACGAUUCCGAAAGUGAUGAAAUUUUCGAAAAGAGCACACCUCUCAAACCCAAAGUAAAACCAGAGAAACUAAAUUUAAAGAAAAAUAAACCAUCUCCAGAAGAACCUCCUAGUGCAAAGAAGAAACCCCCAAAGGAAUCACCUAAGAAGAGGUUAAAAUCAACACCGCCACUUCGCUCCUCACCACGGAACACUUCAAUUUCGGCAAAUAUAAAUUUCAGCCCAGUUGUAUCAAUACGUAAGAACGCACAUUCCGGAACACCGAAUAGUUCUCGCAAACCAGGUAAAACCAUAAUAAACGACAAUCUCACCCCAAAUCCAAAAAGUGGAAAAACCUAUGAAUUUAAUUUCGAGUUAGAUGUUAGUAUGGAUGCUAAUGUUGUGGUCAAUGUGAAGCGAAAGAAAAAGGCUGAAAGUAGUGAGACGAAUUCAGUGAAUGAGAAUGAAUCACCAAAAACAAGAGUGAAGGUUAGAAGGAUGAAUAUGAAGUCAAGAACUGCAGCAGACUCUCUUCGAUCGUAGUAUUCUCUUUUUUUUUAAACUUUUCUUGUUGCAUAUUUUAGUGUGACUUUUUAUUUAAAAAACAAAACAAAAAGGAUCUUUAUCUGUUUUCCUCUUAUUAUUACUUAUUAUCUAUUGUAUUAUUAAUUAUUCUAUUAUUAACAUUAUCAAACAUCUGAAAUUAGUUGAGUUGAGUUUCGUUUUUUUUUUUUUUUCAAAAUAAAAUAACUAUUAUGGAACAUACACA